GUUUUUUUUUUGUCAAAAGACGACGCCGUUUUACUAUAAUUCAGAAACCCGAACUGAAACAUAACCUUUUCUCAGCCCAAAGAAGAAGAAGAAGAAGCAGCUCUGCGGCGGCGCUCACAACUGCCGUUUUGUCACAGCCGGAGAGGAAUGACGGCUUAUGGUGCAGCGAAUUCUCUGAGGAAUACAAUUGAUUAUAUUCUCCAUUCUUCUCAUUUUAUCGUCGUUGAUCCCUCUCCACGUAUCUUACAACUCGCGUACGAGGAGUUGGAUCCAUUGCAAGAAAUUCUGGAAAGAUUGGACAGGACAAGAACAAGCAAGAGCAGGAAGAAGGUGAAUGCUUUGGAUGGAAGAAUCAAAGAGUUGAUUUGGGAAUUCGAGGACUUGUUAGAAUCCCCUCUCUACCAACAGAUUCUUUCACAAGUAGAAGAUGAAGGAAUAAUGAAAGAGGGAGCAUGGGGAUUCCAAGGCUUAUUGGAAUCCCUUCCCUCACAGUCCAGCAGCCUAGAAGAUGAAGAUGAUGUUGGAGGUGAGAGAAUGAGAUUCUCCAUUGAUCUGCAAUUCCUACAACAUCAUGUUCCAUCCUUCAUCCAGAGGCUCAAGGAUAUGAAAGAGGAAUACAUUUAUGAAGUAGACAAUAUGCCUGAAGACGACUUUGACGACCAAUCUAUUUCCUCAAGAAGUGGGACCAAGUCCAAGAUGAUUGGAUUAUCGGAUCAAUUCCAACAACUCAAAGCAAGUCUUAUGAAAAGAUCCAAUUGGUCUACUGCUAACGAAUACAUCGCAAUUCAUGGCUCUGCAGGAAUUGGGAAGACUACUCUUGCUGCAACAGUUUUUGAAGAUCCAGAUAUCUUGUGCUUUUAUGGAUAUCGCGUAUGGGUUAGCAUAGGCAGAAAAUCUCAAUUCGAUGAAGUCUCACGAAGUAUUCUAGCUGAAAUGUCUGGAGUCCGACAAUCAAAGAACUGCCUCAUUGUGCUCGAUGAUGUGUGGGAGAAACAGAUAAUGGAUUCCUUGGAAAAUUUCUUACUGCAGAUGGACUGGCGUGUAUUUGUUUGUAUCUUGGUUACUACUCGAGACACAAACACAACUUCCCCAAGCUUUUCUAGAUUGAUGAUGGUGCGGUUUUUGAAAGAAGAGGAAAGUAAGGAGCUACUAUGCGAGAAGGUGUUUGGUGAAAAGGAUUGCCCUUUUCAACUUGACAAAGCCGCUACCAAAAUUGCCAAGAAAUGUGAAGGUCUUCCUCUCAUGAUAGUCACAGUGGCUAACAUCCUAUCAAAAUCCCAAAGUAUAGACCCAAAAUACUGGGAUGAUGUAGCAGAAAACCGAAAUUCAGUCUUCAUUGAUGCAUAUAAUGAGAUAUCAAAGGUACUUCUCCCAAGUUACGACUACUUACCUCAAUAUCUUAAAAUGCCUUUUCUGUAUAUGGGAGUCUUUCCUCCAGAUUAUGACAUCCCUCUUUCCAAGAUUAGGAUUAUGUUGGCCACUGAGGGUUGGUUUCAUAACCCAAAAGAAGUUAAAUUCUUUGAGGGUUUUAUCGGGAAAUGUUUGUACGAGAUUUGUUCUUGUAGAAGUCUUGCUUUAUUCAACCGACCGACCGUUCAUAAAUAUUCUAAGUAUCUCAAUUUUAAAAAUUUACGCCUUCAUUCUUCGUGGAGGUACGUGUGUGGACGGGAGGCUCGGAAGAGCAAGUUUUAUCAUGUCUUAAAAAAACUUGUUGAAGGCUUAGAAGAUGGUGUAAAAGGUCAGCGUUGCUUGUGUCUUGAAAAUAACCUUUUAUUUAGCAUCAAUGACUUUUGCAACUCUGUGAGAUUGAACUGUGCAUCCUCUGCACGUUCUCUCUUUUUUAUUGGUCCAUACCACCAAUAUCCAGUCCGAGUAGGUGACAAUUUCAAGUUGCUUGGUAAACUAGAUGCUCUUAAUCUACGUUUGUACACUUUUCCAACAGAAAUUCUAACACUAGUCCUACUAAAGUACCUUGCUCUAACUUGCAACGGAGAACUCCCUACAACCAUAUCCAAACUUUUCAAUCUUCGAGUCUUGAUUAUCCAUCCGCAUAACAACAUUAGAAUUUGUAGAGCUCCAUCAUAUGUACCAAUACAAAUAUGGGAUAUGCAAGAGUUAGAGCAUAUUGAGAUAUUGGGGAAGGGCCUUGUUGCUCCAUGUCAUUCUGCAUCUUUGAAAAAGCUCUCAACACUUGUAGGUGUGAAUGCCAGCAUCUGUACUAUCUCGGAACUCUUCAGAAAAUUUCCUUGUAUGAAGAAAUUAGGAGUUCAGAUUGCGCUGACACCCCAUGAUGAUCAUAAUUAUCUUUUAAGUUGCUUUGGUUGUAUUUCAAUACUUGGAAGUUUGAAGACAUUGAAAUGUAGUAUCAUAAAUCCCGUGUUUAAGCACGAUUAUGCAUUUCCUAGUUCAUUGAUGAAGUUCCCAAGUGGAUUGAAAAAGCUACAUUUGAGUGGCAUGGGUUUUUCUUGGGAAUACAUGUAUUUAAUUGGCUCUUUGCCAUCUCUUGAAGUGCUCAAAUUGCGAGCCUACGCCUUUCGGGGUCCAAAGUGGGAAGCGCAAGAGGGAAGUUUUCUCAGACUUAAGUUUCUUCUAAUUGAAGACAGUGAUUUAGUGCAAUGGAUACCAAGAUCUGGAAGCUUCCCUGAUCUUAUGUGCUUAAGCAUGAAACAUUGCUACAAACUGAAAGUGAUUGACUGUCCGUCUCAAUUGAUGGGGAGAAGGAUUGAAUUAGUGAACUGCAAUCCUUUAGCUUUGACUAGUGCUACGAAAUUACGACCGGAUCGAAACACUUUCAUUGAUGUCACUGCCUCUUUUUCUUUUGAUGAGAAACCUGUUACUGUCAAGUUUACAAGGCAGCAUGAUAGCAGAGGAUACAUAACAGAGUCGGCAGCUGAGACAGCAUGUUCUCCAUCUACGUGUUUAUAACUUCAGUCUUCAGUCGCUUUAUUAUUAGGUUGUUAUCUGAAUUUAAGAAUUGUGACUUACUUUGAAUUUUGUUGAGGAUUAUAAGCUGAGUGGAUUAUGUUUGGAAUGAAAUCUUAAUUAGUAUGU